UUUCAUAUCACACACACUACAUACAACAACUGUCCAUUUCAUACUACGCUCUCCAGCAACGAUUGAGGCCAAGAAAACAUGAGGGUUUUCUCGUACAUCAACAGACUCAUCCAUGGCCACUCCACCUGCUCUAAGCUCCUCCUUCUCUUCUCUGUCAGUAGUGGAGGUCUUGUGGCAUACGCAGAGUCACAAGCAGAAAGUGAAAGACACGGUUUCGAGCUCAGUCAACUGGAAUCCAAGAAGAAGAGGGUGUUGGUGCUGGGGACAGGCUGGGCCGGUACCAGUUUUCUGAAGUAUCUGGACAAUUCAUUGUAUGAUGUUCAGGUGGUUUCCCCUCGUAACUAUUUUGCAUUCACUCCUUUGCUACCCAGCGUCACAUGUGGAACAGUGGAGGCACGAAGCAUUGUGGAGCCAAUUCGGAAUAUGAUAAAAAAGAAAAAUGGAGAAAUUAAGUUUUGGGAAGCAGAAUGUCUCAAGAUUGAUGCAACAAGUAAAAGAGUUUUCUGCCGGUCUAAUCUGGAUGAGAACUUAGUGGGAAAUAAUGAUUUCUUUCUGGAUUAUGAUUAUUUGAUCAUUGCUGUUGGAGCACAAGUAAAUACUUUUAACACACCUGGUGUCGUGGAGUAUUGCUAUUUUCUGAAGGAGGUGGAGGAUGCUCAGAAAAUUCGUAGGAGUGUGAUAGAUUGUUUUGAAAAGGCUGUACUCCCCGGCCUGAGUGAGGAAGAACGAAGGACGAACCUCCAUUUUGUAAUUGUGGGUGGGGGUCCAACUGGUGUGGAAUUUGCUGCGGAGCUGCAUGACUUUGUCCACUCAGACUUGGUCAAGCUAUAUCCUUCAGUUAAAGAUCUAGUGAAUAUAACGGUGAUCCAAUCUGGAGAUCAUAUCUUAAACACGUUUGAUGAAAGAAUCAGUUCAUUUGCAGAGCAGAAAUUCAAAAGAGAUGGCAUAGAAGUUUUAACAGGAUCUCGAGUGGAAAGUGUUUCUGAUAAUUUUCUUACCAUGAAGAUGAAAUUGACUGGGGAGGUUUUCUCCAUACCCCAUGGCAUGGUGGUUUGGUCAACUGGAGUUGGGGCUCGUCCAGUUGUGAAGGACUUCAUGGAACAAAUUGGCCAGGGUAGUAGACGUGUUCUAGCAACUGAUGAAUGGCUGCGAGUAAAGGGAUUCCAAGAUGUGUAUGCGCUUGGAGAUUGUGCUACUGUAGAUCAACGUAAAGUCAUGGAAGACAUCUUGACAAUAUUUAAAUCCGCGGACAAAGACAACUCUGGUACCCUAAGCAUCGAAGAAUUCCACGACGUAAUUGAAGACGUCCUUGUAAGGUACCCCCAAGUGGAACUCUAUUUGAAGAGCAAGCAUAUGCCCGACGUGACACAUCUCUUGAAGGAUGCUGAGGGAAAUGCAAGGCUGGAAGUGGAUUAUGAAGAGUUUAAGUUAGCCCUUAGUCUUGUUGAUGCACAGACAAAGAGUCUUCCCGCAACUGCUCAGGUUGCUGCUCAACAAGGUGAAUAUCUUUCUAGGUGCUUCAACCUUAGGAAGCAGUGUGAAAAUAAUCCAGAAGGACCUCGCCGCUUUAGAGCUUCUGGACGUCAUCAAUUUCGCCCCUUUCGGUACCAGCAUCUAGGCCAAUUUGCGACUCUGGGUGGAGAUCAGGCGGCAGCAGAACUGCCUGGCGACUGGGUUUCUGUGGGUCACAGCACACAGUGGCUGUGGUAUUCUGUAUAUGCAAGCAAGCAAGUCAGCUGGCGCACGAGGUUCUUAGUGGUAUCUGAUUGGACAAGGAGAUACAUUUUUGGCAGAGAUUCAAGUCGAAUUUGAGGCAAUUUCCGUCUUUUAUACAAAAAUAAACCAUCUGGGACUUGGGCUUGAGAUUCUGGAAGAAUUUUUUCCAUUCUUCGAUACUAUAUGGAGAUAAUAAAAAUAAAAUGACCACAUAAAGGUUCCAGUUCGAGCGAGAGCCUAAAUGUCGGAGGCGUGAUGAUCGAAAGCUCCGCUGAUUUGAGCAGUGAGAGAGAAUUUUCAAAAUUAUUGCUAGUUGAUGAGAGUUAUUUCAUAAACAAAAAGAGUAUGGUCAAUUUCAUUUUCUCUCUUUGGGGUUGGUGUAAGCAAUGUUUCCAUCUCAUGGAGUCAUUGGACAGCUAGUUGUAUGCAAUGCCAUCGGUUAUUAUUUAUGUUCUAGUUGAUCUUGAUGCGACAUUAAAAGUAUAUUGAUUUUUUUCUCCCACUAACUAAAUACUUUUGUCAUAGAAGCAGGUGACACAUGAAUAUAUUGGCUUCGUUUGGAAA